CGCCUUUUCAUGAAACACGAUCGUGAGCUGGACAUGCAAGGUCGUUCACUAUAGAAGGACCCUCAUAUACAGGCUGUUGAAGAUAUGUUUGUACUGUCCAUAAUCAAAGAUACUAUUGCAAUUCUGCCAGCAAACUUUGGUGUGCCUUCAGCACAAGCUCUCAUUUCCGAAAUAAACAAAAAAUACGCCAAUAGAGUCCUCCAUGACGUAGGGCUGUGUAUUUGCGCGUUCGACCUGGUAGAAGCCGGUGAAGGAAAAGUACGAUACGGAGAUGGGUGUUUAUGGUAUAAAGUCAGGUUUAGAAUGGUCGUUUUUCGACCAUUCGCGUCGGAAGUGAUCCUUGCUAAAGUGAAGUCAUCAGACGAAGAUGGCAUUCGAUUGAGCGUAGGAUUUUUCGACGACAUUCAUGUACCUCUAACAUAUCUACCGCAACCAUCCGCUUUUGACCCAAAUGAGCGUGCUCAUUUCUGGCUACCAGACUCAGAGGCAACAACCGCGCACGAGCUUUUGGAAUCUGCAACGGCAGACCGGAUGUACAUCGAUCAAGGGGAAGUAGUGCGGGUUCGCAUUGAGGCUGACGAAUUUUAUGACGACGAACCUGGUCCGCCAAAAGCAUCGGAAGGUAUUGCAGUAAAACGAGAGUCCCGGCGCGCACCAUAUAGCAUAAUUUGCUCUAUCGCAGAACAGGGACUCGGGCCUGUCCCGUGGUGGAAGAGCGCCCAGCCUGAUGGCGAUGCUAUGGACGAGGAAUGAUUCGCUUUUUACAUUCGACUUUCAAUAAUAGUGAUUGUUGGAACUCUAAUACAGGUCUUAAAUAUGGUAUCCGAGUCUCCCCCGUAGUUAAUGACACAUCCGUAGGUGCUGGAGAGAGUUUUAUUCUGGAUGAUUGAAUGAGCUCAAAUCAAUGCAACCCAGUCUCUCCAGUUCGUCCGUAAUUAAAGCUUACCUGGAUAUUGCGGCCGCAUCAGAGCGUUCCCAUCACUGUCCAAUUUUCUCAAUAUAAUAGUACUUGUUUAGAUUAUCCGCUGGAGAUUAAUGGAAAUCCGUG